AUGAGAAGGAGACUGUACGCCAAUUGUCUUAAUCGAAACUUUGAUGAGGUUUUAGCUGAAGUGAGAGAGAUACCAUUUGAAAGCAUGGAUUAUAAUUUUUUGAAGGUUUACCUGGCUAAGAGCUGUCAAUGGGGUCACACAGAAUCCGUCAAUCACAUCUGGUACAAGUAUGUAGUGCGAAAGAACACUUUACUUGUUGACCCUGAGCUUCUCUGCAGUAUUGGGAACCUUGCCAUAUACGACAGAAAAAACUUCAUGCCAAACGAUAUAUAUAAAUAUUACGUCAAGCACUACGGUCGAGAGGAAACUCCUAAAAAUAGCCAGUGGAGGUAUGAACUAUUAAGAAUAAAAACAGAGAGUUUUGCUAGGACAACCUCUACAAAGACGAAUUUUAGAGAAAAGUGGAAGGUAUUUUUGCAAGAUAUGGACAACUGUCUGCCCCUUAUAACGAGGUUUAGGGUGAGAGACUUUCCCAAUCUAGUGGAAAGUUACCGAGAUGAAACACAGGAUGGAAAAGACUUGAUGGUGGAAUAUCUGUUUGAAGAAAAGAUGGUUGCUGUCAAAAAUCCAUAUAGUUUGCCCAUGUUGCUCAACUUCAUGUUGCUUGAGACUUCCUUUUCCGCAGAUCUCAAGAUGUCCUUGUUCAAACGUUUUUUUACUGUGCAUCAAUUUUUACCUAAGGAAGACUCAGUUAUGAUAUUGGUGAGGGCUUGUAGCAACGACGCAUACAGGUUGAAUGACCUGUUUGGGUUUUGCGGGGAUUUCUCUCUAAGCGAAAUGUCACCACGAAUAUUCCAGCCUGUGAAAAAAGUUUUUAACGAGAAGCAACUAGAUCAGGGUUCCUUCCCGUUACUGGCCGCACGAAUUAAUUCAUCCACUAGUCAUUAA